UUUAACGGCAUAUUCUUCUCUCUCUAUAUACUAGCUGUGUUUUCUUGGAAAAUCAUCAAGAGAACUUGAAAAAAAAAUUCAAUUUUUUCCUCUCUAAAUCUAAACCUAUGUAGUACUCAUGGAUCUUGAAAAAGGGUGUCAAAAAAAAUCCAUUUUUUGCUUGAAAAAACCAAUCUUUUCCUCUAAAAAACAAAACCAUAUCCCUAAAAAUUAAAAACCCAUGUAGUACUCACUGAUCUUGAAAAAGGGUGUCAAAAAAAUCUAUUUUUUUGCCAUUUUUGCUUGAAAAAACCAUUAAUUUCCUCAUAAAAACAACCCAUUUUCCCUAAAAAAAAAAAACCCAUGUAGUACUCACAAAUCUUGAAAAAGGGUGUCAAAAAAAUUUAAAUUUUUUGUCAUUUUUGUGUGAGAAAUGGUGGUAAAAAUGAUGAAAUGGCGACCAUGGCCACCACUUAUUUCAAAGAAAUUUGAUGUUAAGAUUUUUGUAGGCAAACUUGAAAAUUUGGUGGUGAAUGAUGUGUCAUCUAGUGGUGGUGGUGUUACAGUGGAGAUAAGGUGGAAAGGACCCCCAAAACUAGCUUUGAGUUCUUUUAGAAAAACAGUUAAGAGAAACUGUACUAAAGAGGAAAGUGUUAAAAAUGGACCAAAUGGUGUUGUUUUUGUUGAGUGGGAUGAAGAGUUUCAGAGUUUGUGUAAUUUGUCUGGUUAUAAAGACAAUGUGUUUCAUCCUUGGGAAAUUGCCUUCACUGUGUUGAAUGGUAUAAAUUCGAAGAAUAAGGCACCUGUCGUUGGUACAGCUGUCUUAAACGUCGCUGAAUUCGCCGCCAAGAUAGAGGAGAAAGAAUUUAAACUAAACAUUCCUUUGGUAGUUCCAGGGGUUGCUUCUGAGACUCGGCCCACACUUUGUAUAUCGCUUAGCUUGUCCGAACUAAGAGCUGCCCAAGAGUCAGCAGAGUUGGUUCAGAGGCCGCUAGCUCCCGUUCAAUCUCCAACACAGUCCGGAGAAACUCUGCCAGUAGAAAAGGAUGAGCUUUCUGCACUCAAAGCUGGCCUCAGAAAGGUUAAAAUAUUUACGGAGUAUGUGUCAACUCGGAGAGCAAAGAAAGCUUGUCGAGAAGAAGAGGGUAGUGAAGAGAGAUGCUCUGCGAGGAGUGAAGAUGGGGAAUACACUUAUCCUUUUGAUUCCGAGUCCAAUGAUGAGUAUGAAGGAGAGUCAGAUUCCGACUCCAAUGUUAGGAAGUCAUUUAAUUAUGGUCCAUUGGCUUACGCGAAUUGUGCAGGAGUUUCUUCUUUUCAUUCUAGUACAAGGGUCAACGGUGAGGGUGGUGAGGAUUGGGUUUAUUUUAGCAACCGCAGAUCAGAUGUGGGCUGCUCGCAAACGGAUGAGCAGAUCAACUGUGCUUCUGAUCUUGUAGUUUUGCAGAAUUCAAAGCGAAGUAUCCUGCCUUGGAGGAAGAGGAAGCUGAGCUUUAGAUCCCCUAAAUCCAAGGGGGAACCACUGUUGAAGAAGGAUAAUGGGGAAGAAGGUGGAGAUGAUAUUGACUUUGAUCGUCGGCAGCUCAGUUCUGAUGAAUCUCUGUCAUUUGGGUGGCACAAGGUGGAGGAAGACUCGACCGCCAAUCGAUCUUCAGUAUCUGAGUUUGGUGAGGACAAUUUUGCUGUCGGCGCUUGGGAACAGAGAGAGAUAGUAAGUCGGGAUGGACACAUGAAGCUUAAAACUCAGGUAUUCUUUGCUUCCAUUGACCAGCGAAGUGAGCGAGCUGCUGGAGAAAGUGCGUGCACAGCCCUCGUGGCCGUGCUUGCUGAUUGGUUGCAGAACAACCGCGAUCUCAUGCCCAUUAAGUCGCAGUUCGAUAGCUUAAUUAGAGAAGGUUCAUUAGAGUGGAGGAAACUUUGUGAAAACGAAACAUACAGGGAACGGUUCCCUGACAAGCACUUUGAUCUGGAGACGGUCCUUCAAGCCAAAAUUCGCUCGAUAUCCGUUGUGCCAGGGAAGUCCUUUGUCGGAUUUUUCCACCCCGAUGAAGGGAUGGAUGAGGGAGGAUUCGAUUUUCUGCAUGGUGCUAUGUCGUUCGACAAUAUUUGGGAUGAAAUUAGCCCUUCUGUCGGUGAACCACAAAUCUAUAUUGUGAGUUGGAACGACCAUUUUUUCGUCCUGAAGGUUGAAGCGGAAGCUUACUACAUUAUCGACACCUUAGGCGAGAGACUCUACGAGGGAUGCAAUCAAGCUUAUAUACUGAAGUUCGACAAGGAUACAACCAUCUAUAAACAGCCCGGCCCUACUACAAAUUCGACCGAAGAAAAACCUGCUGCCGAUCAUCAAAGUAUUUCUACGAUAGUUGAACCAAUGCUUAGCGAUGCUCCUCUAAGCAGUGAAACAGUGAACGAAUCGGAUGAACAGUUGAAGGUCGGGACCGCAGAAGAAAUUAUCUGUCAAGGCAAAGAGUCUUGCAAAGACUACAUCAAGAGUUUUUUGGCUGCCAUACCGAUAAGGGAACUGCAGGCAGAUAUCAAGAAAGGUUUGAUAACGUCAACCCCUCUUCAUCACCGGCUUCAGAUUGAACUCCACUUCACCCAUUUACAACAAGAAGCACCCAUAACUCCAGCAAUAGAGAUGGCGACGGCUGCACAAGAAUCGCCUGCAGUUGCAAUGACUGAGAUCUCGGUGUAAAGUCUUUUAACUGUAAAUUUAAGAAGUGAGUAGUUUCUAACUAGUUUUCGUUCUGUUAGCAACAGGGAUGAAUGGUGCUUUAAGAAGCAUGCAAGCCCAUGUUAUCUCUUUCAAGUGGUUUAAGAGGAUCUUUGUUUUUUCCCUUGCCAUGUCUUUGUGUUGCAUUAGAGUAAAGAUAGUGUUAAGCUUCUAUGGAAGCAAAAGUUUGUAUAUCAACCUUCUGUCUUGGAAUUAUAAUAGUAGAUGGUUUUUAACUUC